AUGUGUGGUAUCUUUGCUUGUCACCAGCAUCCUGAUGUACAAAAGUUCAAGCCCACGGCCCUGAAGAUGGGCAAGGCGUGGCAACCACAUUGCGAACCAUACGAGCUUACAACCAUAGACACCGGCGCGCAGCCACUGAUCAACGACGACGAAACCGUCUCCCUGGCCGUCAAUGGCGAGAUUUACAACCACCGCAUCCUCCGCAAGAGCCUCAAGAACCCAUACAACUUCAAGACACACUCAGAUUGCGAGGUCAUCAUUCCUCUGGUGAGCAAGAUUGGCUGUAGCAAGACGCAGGAUUGGACUGAUGACCCACAGUACCUCGAGCAUGACAUCGAUGCGCCGCGCCAUUUGGACGGCAUGUUCUCAUGGGUUCUUCACGACAAGAAGCAAGACCGUGUCAUUGCAGCACGCGACCCCAUUGGAAUCACCACAUUUUACAUGGGCCGAUCAAGCAGUACACCCGGCGCCGUCUACUUUGCCUCUGAGCUGAAGUGUCUUCACCCAGUUUGCGACAACAUCAUCUCCUUCCCGCCCGGCCACGUCUAUGACUCGAAGACGGACGAGUUGAAGCGCUACUACGACCCCAAGUGGCUUGUUGAGCCGACCAACAUUCCCACAAAGCCUGUAGAUUACAAGGAACUGAGGACGUCGCUCGAGAGGUCAGUGCGAAAACGCAUGAUGGCAGAAGUACCCUUUGGUGUCCUUCUUUCUGGCGGUCUCGACUCGAGUUUGGUCGCGUCGAUUGCGCAGCGGGAAACUCUGCGCUUGAACGAGGCAACGAGGAAGCGUGCAGCUGAGAACAAGGGCUCCGUUCAAGACUCGCAGGGCCAACUUGUUGGUAUCGACGAUUCCAACGAGCUCCAGACGGAUCUCCUCCUCGGUCAGCUCAACUCCUUCUCCAUUGGUCUGCCCAAUGCGCCCGAUGCCAUUGCAGCCCAGGAAGUGGCCAACUUUCUCGGAACCAAGCACCACACAUUUACCUUUACCAUUGAAGAUGGUCUCAACGCGCUGACCGACGUCAUCUACCACCUCGAAUCCUUUGACGUGACCACCAUCCGCGCCUCGACCCCCAUGUUUCUGCUCAGUCGGAAAAUCAAAGCCAUGGGCGUCAAGAUGGUCUUGUCUGGAGAAGGCAGUGACGAGAUCUUUGGCGGAUACUUGUACUUCCACAACGCGCCCGACAAGUCGUCCUUCCACCAAGAAUGCAUUCGUCGUGUCAAGAACCUGCACUUGUCCGACUGCCUGCGCGCCAACAAGUCUACAUCUGCCUGGGGUGUCGAAGCUCGCGUUCCCUUCCUGGACAAGGAUUUCCUCAACAUUGCCAUGGCCAUUGACCCUGAAGAGAAACUCCACAAGCCGGGCCGCAUCGAAAAGUAUAUUCUCCGCAAGGCCUUUGACACGACCGACGAGCCAGACACACAGCCCUACCUACCCGAGAAGAUUCUCUGGCGACAAAAGGAGCAAUUCUCCGACGGCGUGGGCUACGGCUGGAUCGACGCGCUCAAGGACACGGCCGAAUUGCACGUCACGGAUGAGAUGAUGAAGAACCCCAAGCCCGAGUGGGGAACCGACAUCCCAGAUUCAAAGGAGGCGUAUUGGUACCGCUGCAUGUUUGACGAGCAUUUCCCGAGUUAUUGCGCCAGCACCGUCAUGAGGUGGACGCCCACGUGGAGUAACCAGACGGAUCCCUCUGGCCGUGCGAUUGGUGUGCACGAGCAAAAAUACAAGGAUGCGAAAUAA